ACUAAGUCGGUCUUCCAGUCCGCUCGCAUUGCACAGUUCGAAAUGAGUAGCCAGAAGAUUGGGAUUGUGGGCAGUGGAUUGAUUGGCAGGGCCUGGGCGAUGCUCUUCGCCGCAGCUGGCUAUAGAGUCCAGUUGUAUGACAUUCUGGAGAGCCAGUUGUCCAUGGCUCUGCAGGAGCUGGACAAGGAUCUGCACAGUCUGGAGGAGAAGGGUUCGUUGAGGGGCGAUUUGCGGGCUUCCGAGCAAUUCGCCCUCAUCGAGGUCACCAAUCGGCUGGAGGAACUGACCAGAGAGGCAGUGCACAUACAGGAGUGUGUUCCCGAGGUUCUUCAGCUGAAGAAGUCUCUGUACUCCCAGUUGGAUGAGCUGCUGGAGGAGCAGACCGUUGUGGCCAGUUCCACGAGCACCUUUAUGCCAUCGCUAUAUAGCGAGGGAUUCAAGAGGAGGCAACAGAUGCUGGUGGCCCAUCCACUGAAUCCCCCGUACUUCAUACCCCUGGUGGAGAUUGUCCCCGCUCCCUGGACUUCCUCUGAAUCCGUUGAGCGAACUCACAACCUGAUGCUCAGCCUGGGCCAACGUCCGGUGACCCUAAAAAAAGAGAUCCAGGGCUUUGCCACCAACCGGAUUCAGUAUGCCAUCCUAAACGAAGUGUGGCGCUUGGUGGGUUCCGGCAUACUCAGCGUGGCGGAUGUGGAUCGAGUGCUGAGUCAGGGAUUGGGAUUGCGCUAUGCCCUCCUCGGAUCCCUGGAGACGGCCCAUCUAAAUGCUCCUGGUGGCGUGGCUGAUUAUUUCCAGCGAUUUGGCGGCGAAAUCUCUGCCGUAAGUGCCACCUAUGGAGAAACCCCAAAUACUCAGGAGGAUCGAGUGACUCUGGAGGAGAUUGCCAGGCAGUGUGAGCAGUUGGUGCCGCUGGAAAAUCUGGAGGAGAGACGCGCCACCCGCGAUGAGUUCCUCACCCAGCUGGCCAAACUAAAAAAGCACUUUGAAUAGGAAAUUAAUUGCUGGGUUUGUGAUGUACCCUGAAUAAACUGCGAAUCAACUAAA